GAGAGAGAGAGAGAGAUUACAGGGGGAAAGCAGACAGGUAGAGACAUUUAUUUACUAUAUAUAUAUAUAUAUGGAUGGACAUGGAGGGAGAGGAAUCUGGCAGUUAGCUAGUGUUUUAGACCGUUUGAAGUCAAAGAGUAUGGCGGAUAUGAAUCCUAUCAAGAAUGUGAGUGAACGUUUAUUUGUAUUUUUUAAAUCUCUUCAACCGCAGUUAGCUACACUCCUUUUACAUUUAAUUGUACGUGAUGGAGACUCAAGACCUGUGACUCCGAGCUCACUCUGCCGCAUACAGUUACAGUUUGAAAAAACGAAAGAAAUGGCAGUCAGGAGAAGUCCCCAUAUCUCUGUUUGAAAAAAAUAAAUAAAAAGAAGACAGAAAAUGUUGGGAAAUCCACGAAGAGUUAGUUAGUUGUUGGGGUGGAUGCUCGCUCCGCCUUCCCCCCCUCCCGGUGUAGUGUAUAGAGAGUGUAUAGGGGAGGGAGGGGGAGGAGGAGGGGGGAAUAGCUCGGUAGAGACCGAGAGAGAGAGAGAAGGAGAGAGAGGGAAGCGCGAGCGCAGUCGUUUGGAAUCACUCCACUUUCUCAUCACACACAGUGCAGCCGCGCGACCUGCUCCGUGCUGGACCCGGAGACGGACAGAGUUUGUGGCGGCAGAACGGUGACUGCACGUCGGGGUGGAAACUAACCGGACGGCCUCUUCUGGCAACUCCCGGACCUACCGGACUAGUGUUUCUGCUUGGGUGAUUUUUAACCGUUUUUACCUCCCCCCCCACCCCCCCCCCCGCCCCACCACCACCACCACUACCUCCCCAAGCUUAUCAUCAGCGGAGGAUGCUGUUACUGCUGUCGGUACAAACCGCCCGGUGGUAACGUUCACGGAGUAACCGUUACCAGUUAGUGACCCCCGGGUCCGGACAGGUGUUCCCCCGGCUGGGCUCCAGCCGUUCCCCCCGGAGAGAGGAAAGGACCGCCGGGUUGACGCGCAGCGCUGGUCACGACUGUAGCCUAAAACUGGACAGAAAUUGUGAGAGGAAUUGGAGGAAUAACAACCCCUGACCGGUCCGACUGGAUUGUUUAAACUGUUUUAAGGUCUUUUUUCGGCGUUGUGGAUUGUUAAUUUCGGCUUUUUUAUUUUUUUUUCUCCGGAGCGGCUCCGUCUGGGUACCGAGGAGGAUCGGAGCCUGUAGCCGGGGCUGGAGCGCUCAGAGCUGGGGAACCGCGCGGCUCUCAUCCGGUCCAGAGCGGUGCUGUCGGGUGGAGACAUGGCGGCGCCGAGGCGGGACUUUCUGCUGUUCCUCGCGGUCGCCCUGCUGGUCUCCUGCGGCGCGGCGCCCACUGACAUCCUGUACCGGGUUCCCGAGGAGCAGCCGCCCAACACGCUGAUCGGCAGCCUGGCGGCGGACCAGGGCCUGCCCGACACCGGACACCUCUACAAGCUGGAGGUGGGCUCGCCGUACCUGCGCGUGGACGGCAAGACGGGCGACAUAUACACCACAGACAUCCCCAUUGACCGCGAGAUGCUGAAAGACUGCCGCAACCUGUUUGACGGCGAGAAAUGCUUCCUGGAGUUCGAGGUGUCGAUCACCGACAUGGUGAAAGGGAUCAGCACGGGCCCGCGGCUGAUUGAGGGCCGCAUCGAGGUGCUGGACAUCAACGACAACACGCCGCAGUUCUCCUCGCCGAUCCUCACGCUGUCCAUCCCCGAGAACACGCACAUCGGCGCCCUCUUCUCCAUCCCCAUGGCGACAGACCGGGACUCCGGCGCCAACGGCGUGGCCGAGUACACGCUGACCGCGGGGCCGGACGCCGACCAGCUCUUCACGCUGCAGGUGGCCGUGGACUCGGAUGAGAAGCAGCCUCAGCUGGUCGUCAUGGGCAACCUGGACCGCGAGAAGAAGGACUCGUACGACCUGAACGUCCGCGUGGUGGACGGCGGGAAGCCGGCGAGGGCGAGCAGCGCCCUGCUGCGGGUCACCGUCACCGACCAGAACGACAACGUGCCCAAGUUUGAGAGGAGCCACUACGAAGCCGAGCUGCCGGAGAACAGCCCGCAGGGACACUCCAUCCUGCAGGUCAGAGCCAACGACGCAGACACCGGCACCAACGGAGAGAUCGACUACAGCCUCCAUCAGGCGUCGGAGGCCGUCCAGAGGCUUCUGCGCAUCGACCGCUCUACAGGCAUCAUCUACGUGAAGGGCCUGGUGGACCGCGAGGAGGAGAGCUUCCUCAAGUUCUUCGUGGUCGCCAAAGACCGUGGGCCCAAUUCCAAGAGCUCCAAGGUCCUGGUGACCGUCAACGUCAAGGACCAGAAUGACAACGCUCCGGCGAUCGAGAUCCGCGGUAUCGGCUUGGUGACGCACCACGACGGCGUUGCCAACAUCUCCGAGGACAUGCCCAUCGGCACGCCGGUGGCGUUGGUACAGGUGUCGGAUCGCGACGAGGGGGAAAAUGCGGUGGUGACGUGCGUGGUUGCCGGUGACGUCCCGUUUCAGCUGCGACCUGCGAGCGAGUCGGCCAACGAUCGGAAGAGGAAGUACUUCCUGCAGACGACUACCCUGCUGGAUUACGAGCGUGUAAAGGAUUACAGGAUAGAAAUCGUUGCCGUGGAUUCUGGGAACCCAGCCCUGUCCAGCACCAACACCCUCAAAGUGCAAGUCACGGACAUGAACGACAACACGCCAAUCUUUUCCCCCACGUUGCUCGAGGUGGACUUUCCGGAGGGCAACCAGCCGGGCGACCAAGUCCUGUAUGUCACGGCGACAGACGCAGACAGCGGCACCAACGCAGAGCUGGUCUACAGCAUCAUCGAGUCCCACGCCACCAGGCUCUUUGAAAUUGAGGCGAACACCGGUGAGAUUCGUGUGAGGAACCUGCUGGACCGGGAAGAGACGGAGCGUUACGAAUUCCGUGUGGCAGCAGCGGACAAGGGCCUUCCUAGCAAAACCGGCACCGCUACGGUCGUGAUUAACGUUCUGGACCGCAAUGACAAUGACCCCAAGUUUAUGCUGAGCGGCUACAGCUUCUCAGUCAUCGAGAACAUGGCUCCGCUUAAUCCUGUCGGCGUAGUGACUGUCACUGACGCAGAUAAGGGCGAGAACGCCCGAGUGAGGCUGUUUGUGGAACCGGACAACGGCAAGUUUGUCAUCCAGAACGGCACGGGGACGAUCCUGUCCAGCAUCUCAUUCGACCGCGAGAAGGAGAGCACCUACACCUUCCGCCUGAAGGCCGUGGACGCCGGUGACCCGCCUCGAUCCUCCUACGUGGGCGUGACAAUCAACGUCCUGGACGAGAAUGAUAACGCGCCCUACGUCACCAAACCGGCAAACUCCUCCUACGUAUACAUGUCGCCCGUCACCCCGCCAGACACCAGGGUGGAGAUCGUAAAGGCGGAGGACAUUGACUCCGGACCCAAUAGUGACCUCGUCUUCACCAUCACAGGAGGAAACCCGUACGACCUGUUCGACAUCUCGCCAAGCAGCGGCGAGAUCAAACUGAUGCAGGAGUUCACCGGGAAGCACAACGGGCUGCACCGCCUGGUGGUAAAGGUCAGCGAUAAAGGCAAACCUCCCCGCCACACCACCGCGCUCGUCCACGUUUUCGUCAACGACACCAAGUCCAACGUCUCCCUCAUCGAAGCGCUGGUCGGACACAGCCUCUACACCCCUCUGGACAGGGACAUUGCCGGAGAUCCCAACUACGCGCUCGCUCAGCGCAGCAACAUCCUGUACGGCAGCCUCGCGGGUAUCGCCGGCGUGAUUCUGGUCAUCGUGGCCGUCGUGGUCAUCCGACACCGGCUGCAGAAGGACACAAAGAGCGGUUAUCAGGCCGGCAAGAAGGAGAGCAAGGACCUGUACGCGCCCAAGCAAGGCCCCAAAAAUGGCAAAGGCAAAAAGAGCAAAAAGGGAAAAGCUCCCAAACCGGCGAAGCCACUGGAGGAGGACGAAGAGGCCAGCUUACAGAAAGGCCUCAAGUUCAACCUCAUCAACGACACCGUCAACGACAGUCCCAGAAUCCACCUGCCCCUCAACUACCCGCCGGGAAGCCCCGACUUGGGCCGCCACUACCGCUCCAACUCCCCCCUACCCUCCAUCCAGCUGCAGCCGCAGUCGCCCUCCGCCUCCAAGAAGCACCAGGCCGUCCAGGACCUCCCCGCCACCAACACCUUCGUGGGAACGGGCGACAACAACUCCACGGGCUCCGACCAAUACUCGGAUUACAGCUACAAGGCCAACCCGCCCAAAUACAGCAGCAGCAAACAGGUAGGCGACUACGCAAACACGCCAAUGUACAACAGGGACAUCUAUUGGACCAACCGGGUGUGGUAGUCACGCUGGGACUGAUUUGGCACAGCCGAUAUUCUUCCACCAAAGCUGCACUGAUUCCCCUGCACAGCACCCACUUCCAAACGGCUGUUUUACCCUUUUUUUUUAUUUUUAUUUUACUUUGGUUGUGUUCACCAUUUCUGUUCUGUUCAGUUGUUUAAAUAUUCACACCAUGAAACAAUCACAUAAGGGAUAGACCAAAUAUGGGCGUAGCAAUAUUGAUUUUUAUUGGUGACCGUAACCCCCCAACAUGAACUCUGACGAACCAGAACCAGAACUUGCUGGAGGGUUGUUUUAUAUAUUCUGUAUGUUUGUGUUGAUUAUUGUUGUUGCUCAUGUUCCACAAUGGCACGGUUAAAAUGUUCAAUUUCUUACAGUAUUUAAUUCCUGAAAUAUUACAGCACAAGAUAUUUUCAUGCUUAAAGCAAGUUAAUAACAAACAAAUAUAUAUAACGGGCAGAUUUUUGGAUAUAUGAAGAUGUAAAUUCAGAAUAAUAGGGCUGGGUUAGAAUAACCGAUUCUCCAGUUAGAGUCAUCUGAUAUCGAUUCAUAAAAAUCCCCCAAAAUCUUUUAAUGUAGGCUAGGACUGUUAAGUAAAACGUUCUGUAAACAAACUUUUUGGGGUCAAUUCUUAAUAAAACAUAAAAUUGCAUGAGGGUUGAUUCAGCAGAAGUUCUGUGAGAAUCUCUUUUAUAUCCAAGCUAUAUUGGUAUAUAUCGUAACCGAAACGUUCCUGACCUAAUAAUAUUGAAUCAAAUCGGGGCUAGGGUUGCACGAUAUGAGGAAAAUAUGCGAUACGCGACAACUUUGUAACGAUAUUACUUGCGAUAAAUUCACAGGUAUUAUAUUAUUAUUAUUAUGCUCAGUUCUCCCU